CCCUCCCCCCUCCCGUCUCUGGUUAACUUGACUUUCCACCUCUUCUUCUCCGUUCUCACCCAUCCCCAUACUUCACCCCCCCAUCAACGAAACAUCUCAGAGGUUCUGCACAGAUCAAACCCUUCUCCGUCGCCACCUACCGCCUCCCCAAAUGGUUGCGGGCAAAUAAAGCAACGGAGAUAUACGAAUUGGUUGAUUGCAUAAAAACAUGCCUUCUGUUAUCCCAACUCAAAGGCUUCCGAAAGUGGAAGAUUGGCCCGGACCCGGACCCGCUCCGAUUGGGUCGCCGUCGUAUUCCAACACCCCGAAGAAGCGGUGGUUCGGUUUUCUGCCUCUGUUCGUAGCCCUGGUGGUUCUGGGUGAGAUCGCUUUUCUGGGUCGGCUCGAUAUGGCCAAGAAUGUUGACAUGGUCAACUCAUGGGCUGACUCCUUCUACCAGUUCACCGCCUCCUCUUGGCCGUCCGUCGGAGACCACAUUACCUCAUUGGGAGGCGAUGAGGUCCGCUUUGCCGCUGAGCUGCCGGAAUCGGUCUCCGGAUUGGAGACCUGCGAGGAAUGGCUGGAGAGGGAAGAUACUGUUGCUUAUUCUAGGGAUUUUGAAAAAGACCCUAUUAUGGUCAACGGUGGCCGACAGGAUUGGAAAUUCUGUGCUGUGGGGUGUAAAUUCGGGGCUUCCACCGGCAGAAAGCCGGAUGCUGCAUUUGGAUCUCCUGGAUCAGCUGAGACAGCGGGUGUGCUUCGGUCAAUGGAGUCUGAAGAAUACUAUUCUGAGAACAACAUUGGUCUGGCAAGACGGAGGGGAUAUGAUGUUGUGAUGACUACAAGCCUUUCUUCAGAUGUUCCUGUUGGGUAUUUCUCAUGGGCUGAGUAUGACAUUAUGGCACCAGUCCAACCCAAGACUCAGAAAGCUCUUGCUGCUGCCUUCAUAUCUAACUGUGGUGCUCGCAACUUCCGGUUGCAAGCUCUUGAAGCACUUGAAAAAGAAAAAGUCACAAUCGAUUCAUAUGGAAGUUGUCAUCGAAACAAGAAUGGCGAUGUGAAGAAAGUAGAUGCUCUGACGCACUACAAAUUCAGUUUGGCAUUUGAAAAUUCCAAUGUGGAGGAUUAUGUUACUGAAAAAUUCUUCCAAUCUCUUGUAGCUGGAUCUGUUCCUGUUGUGGUUGGUGCUCCAAACAUCGAAGAUUAUGCUCCAUGCUCCGGUUGUCUUUUACAUAUAAAAAAGCUUGAAGAUGUUGAAUCAGUUGCCAAGACAAUGAAGCACCUUGCUGAAAACCCAAGUGCAUACAAUCAGUCUUUAAGGUGGAAAUUUGAAGGUCCAUCGGAUUCCUUCAAAGCCCUAGUUGACAUGGCAGCAGUUCAUUCUUCUUGCCGUUUGUGCAUUCACCUGGCAACAAGGAUCCAAGAGAGGGAAGAGAAGAAGAAUAGCACAGCCUUCGCGAAGCGCCCAUGCAAGUGUUCGAGAGGUUCCCAAACCGUCUAUCACAUAUACGUACGCGAAAGAGGAAGGUUCAAUAUGGAGUCUGUCUUCUUAAGGUCAAGUGAUUUGACAUUGGAGGCCUUGAGAGCGGCGGUGUUAGAAAAGUUCAAGUCUGGGAAGCACGUUCCGAUUUGGAAGGAGGAAAGGCCGGCGGUUCUGCGGGGAGGAGACGAGCUGAGGGUUUACCGCGUGUAUCCGGUUGGGUUGACGCAGAGAGAGGCACUCUAUGGUUUCAGAUUCAAUGGGGAUAGUGAGUUUAGGAAGCAUAUAGAGAGCAACCCUUGUGCUAAGUUUGAGGUCAUUUUUGUAUGAUAUAUAAAGUAAAGAUUUGCUUCUAAUUCUCCUGACCUGUGUGAAACAGUACCUUUUUUUUGCACAUCCCAUGGGCUAUUCAAAUUUUGUAACGAGUUAAGAGCUCUUGGUUUGACUUCGUACAAAUUUUAAGUUACGUAAAAAUUUGUGGUUGAAAGUGAUGUAGGGGAGAAAAAAAUUGUGAGUCACUCAAAAUUUUGCAGAUAAAGAAAGAAGUGUUUUUUUA